AUGGAAGCGGAGGCACCGCGGCGCUCCCUCGCGUCCUCCUCUUCCCUUCCCUCCGCUCUGCGCUCUCUGCUUCCUCUGCUGCGGAGCGCGUCAUCCCGCGAAAAAUUCCACGGACUCCUUCGCUGCUCUGUGCUCUUCGCCCCUGCCUCGUCGCCUUCCUCAGGCUCCGCGUCGUCUUCCUCAUCAUCCCUGCCUGGAAAAGAUGUAAAUGCUACGGCAGAAUGCCCCCUGACAUCUGAAGCGAUUGCCGCGGUGAUUCUCGCGGUUCGGCCUUCGUUUCUUCGUCAGGUUCUUCUGUCGUCCCCUGUCUUCUGCAGCUACGCUCUUCAGCUUCUGCAUGCCUUCACGCACGUCGACGCCCGGCUGACUGCUCGCCUUCUGCGUCCCUGCUUCUCCACGCUCUGCUUCCUCCUUCUCCGAGAAGGCCAGCUGACGCACGAAAGCGAGGCCCAGGCUGCACAGACACCUCAGAGCACAGCGCAAGCCUCAGCGAACGCAGACAAAUGCGAGACGAAAACGCGUGAAAGCGGCGACGGAGGCAACCCUGGGGGACAGGGGGACGCCUGUGAUCCCAGAUCAUGGCGACAAAGCCAAGCGCGUGAUGACGAUGAAGACGUUCCGUUGCUUUCAGAUGUUUUCACGGUCACGCGCCGCUUCGCUUUAAUCCUCGGGAGAAGGACGCUUCUGCGCGCACUGAGUGAAGCGGCCGAGAAGCUGUACAGCGGCGACGAUGACGGCGAGGAAGAAGCGCGCUUCCACAGGCAGUUCGAGGCUGCCUUGGACGAGAUGGACAAAGAGCUCGACCGACUCAAGAGUAAGCACGCGCAGCCGGCGCUCAGCGACGCACCCGCAGCUUCUGUGGCGGCGCCGGCGGGACGUCCAGAGGCCGAAGCUCGAGACGAUGAAGAGGACGAACAGGAGCUCGACGAGGCGGGAUUGCAGCUGAAUCGCGUUUGGGAGGAAAAGGAAUUCGGCGACGUCGUCUCACCUUACGCAAGCGACGAUGAAGAUGGUGACGAUGAGGAAGACGAGAGGGGAGCAGAUGAGGAAGCCGCGGUGCAGGGCCUGUUCUUUGCCGCCGUUCUGAAGGCUGUAGAAGCCGACGAAGGCGCGCUUGCGGCUAGGAACCUCACCGCACAGCUGCCGCAAAAAAUUGCCGGGGGAGAAGGCGGAAGGCAGAGUGAAGCGUCUAAAAACGCGGCGUCUCGAGUGAGCAACCCAGAGGAGAAAAGCGAUGGCACAGACGUUGUGCUCGUCAGCGAGGCCGCCUUCAGCUUGGGCGACGUCUUGCUUCCCUGCCUCGAGCGAGCACCGCGGACAGCGUAUCUCGCGCUCCUGUUCAAGCUCGUCUCCACGCAGCGAAACGCCCUCACGCUGCUCGCGCAGGAGCACCUGAGCAGGUGGCUGGACGCGACGGCGCUGCUUGCGGAGGACGGCGAGGAGGGCGCGCGGUCGCCGUUGUGGUCUGCGACGGCAGACAAGAGAGAACGAGGCAGCGACUUAGAAAGCACAAGGCGACGGCGCCGCGGCGCCGAGGCGUGCUUGAAAGAAUUCCAAAAGGAGAAGAUGGAGCUGGUCGCGGAGAAGGUCGCAGAGAUUCUGUCUGGGAAGCUCCCUUGGAAAGCGCGGGCAGGCGCCUUUGAUGUCGCGCGGAGUCUGCUUCAGCUGUUCGGUCUCUCCUGGGCGGUUCCUGAGAAGAGUCGCGUUCUGCUCAAGCUGGCUACGCGCCUGAGCGCCGUUGAGAUUCGGCUCUACUUCGACGACGUCCUCAACGCGCUCACCGACGAGCGGAAACCUCUCGACAGCGACGGCCUCUCAUCUUCAUCCUCCUCGUCGAACGCGCCGUCUGCUUCUUCCGCCUCGUCUUCUGCUGUCGCGGCAUCGGCGCCUCCUGCGCCGUCUUUGCCGUGGUUUCUGAGUCAGGAGGCGCGCGGCGACCGCGCCCACCUUAUCACGGCGUCGUGUGCGUUCAUGAGUGCGGCCUUCAAAGUCUUCUCGCAGGAAAUCGACUUCCUUGAGAAGCACAUGGCUGCAGACGUGCACGGUCUCGUGGAGUCGAUCCACGUGGCCAUGGAGGCGAUCUUCGACUUUGUGGAGGAGCUGCAGAGGCGCCCGGAGCUUGCGUCGCGCAUGCAGGCGGAGCUAGCCGCCGCCGCGCGGCUCUGCGGCGCGUGGCUGGCAGGCGAGCCGAGCAAAUACGGGGACUCAUUUGUCCGCUCUCUCCCAGUCUUCUGCCGCCACCUGCCGCCUGCCCUUGCGGCGCCGCUGCUGCCCGCGCUUCUUUCCUUCAACAGCUCAGACUGGGCCCUCUCCACGGGUGUUGUCGAGCUACUCGGCGGCCUUUUUCUGUUCCCUGGAGUCGCGCCGCGGCCUGAUCAGCGAACAGCGUUCUUCGAAAUCCACACGUUGGUCGCUUCGCUGCUCUCCUCGGCGGCGCUCGAUCCCCUCGUCUCGCCGUUUGGGCGGCGCAAAGACAACGAAGACACCGCCGCAGCCCUCGCCGCCUGGCUCGCCUCGCUGCGACCGGCCCUCGCGGCGCAGAUUUCGUUGCCGGCGGACGGCCUGUCGCCGGAUCAGCUGCAUGCGCCGAGUGGGUCGUUCAACGUUUCUGGGGGCCUCGAGCCUGAAGCGUUCGACACGCUGUCGCUCAGCAAGGAGCCGCGGCUUCGAAAGUCCGCAGGCGACCCCGCGCUGUUUGUCCUCACAGGCAUGCUGUCGUACGCGACCUUCUGCCUCGGUGUCUGCGCGCCCCGACCGCCUCCCGCGGAGCCUCAAGCGUCCGCCGCCGCCGCGCCGGAGGCUAGCGCGAUUCAGCAAGCUCCCCCCUGCGCCGCUCAGUCUGCCUCUGCGGCCUCAUCGUCGCGCGGCUCGCCGUUUCCUUCGGCCGCCCUCGUGGCGGAAUGGUGGCCUCCGAUGCGGGCGGCGCUGAUGCUCUCGGUGCCUGAGCAGGUCGCGCGGCAGCUCGAGAGCAAGUUCGCGCCGUUCGCGGAGUGGCCCGGUGACGCACAGGCUCCGCUGAAGACCUUCUACCUCUGGCGAUGCGAAGUUGUGAGCACAGCGGCCGCCCUAGUCGGGCUGCGAUGUACGCAGCAGGCGCUUCUCGAGCUCCUUGAGCCGCGCGAGAUCCUCGACGUCUGGGGCGCGCUGGUGCGGCAGUGGAUCAUCUUGACGCCGCGGCGCUCUGAGCUGCUGGCGCGCGUUGAGCGCCCCGAGGUCGCGCUGUGGUACCGCUCGCUUCGCGUCUUGGCUGCCUGUGGGACGCAGCACCCGUUUCUCUCGUGGACGCUGCAUAAACAGCUAACCGACUACCAGCACGUCACGAAUCAGCCUGCGAAGAACCUCGUGCCGCCGCCGCCGCCAGUGGAACCCGCGGAUGAAGAGGACUGGACGGACUACUCAGAGAGCGACGCCCUGCUUGUGAAGCGCAUGCGCAUGUAUCUGCUCUCUCCCGCGACGUUCGGCUAG